AUGCCCUCAACACACAAGAAGGAAAAGCCGUGGGAUACGGACGACAUCGACAAGUGGAAGAUCGAGCCCUUCAAACCAGAAGACAACACCGCCGGCGCCUUCACAGACGAGAGUAGGUUCAGCACGCUGUUCCCGAAAUAUCGCGAACAGUACCUCAAGGGCUCAUGGAAAUUCAUCACGUCGGCGCUGGCAAAACUGGGUGUCGGCUGCGAGCUCAACUUGGUCGAGGGUUCCAUGACGGUAUGGACGACACAGAAGACAUAUGAUCCGGCUGCGAUAUUGAACGCGCGAGAUCUGAUCAAGUUACUCGCGAGAAGCGUACCGUCUCCGCAAGCGGUCAAGAUCCUAGAGGACGAUGUCGCAAUGGACAUCAUCAAGAUCAGGAAUCUAGUGGGGAACAAGGAGCGGUUUGUGAAGAGGCGACAACGUAUUCUGGGCCCAAAUGGAUCAACACUAAAGGCACUGGAGCUUCUCACAGAGACGUAUCUACUGGUGCAGGGAAACACUGUCUCGGCAAUGGGACCGUUCAAGGGUCUGAAGACUGUACGGCGAAUUAUAGAGGACACCAUGCACAACGUGCAUCCGAUCUACGCGAUUAAAGAAUUGAUGAUCAAGAAAGAGCUCGCGAAAGACCCAGAACUGGUCAACGAGAGCUGGGACCGCUUCCUCCCCAACUUCAAGAAACGAUCGCUUAGCAAGCGAAGAGUACCAUUUAAGGUUACCGAUAAAUCUAAGAAACCUUUCACACCGUUCCCUCCUGCCCAGGAGAAGAGCAAGGUCGACCUGCAGAUCGAGAGUGGAGAGUUCUUCUUGGGCAAGCAUGCGAAGGAGAGGAAAGUGCGAGAGGAAAGGGAAGAAAAGAUGAAGGAUAAGAUGGAUGCAAAGAGAAAGGAGAGAUUAGAGGCCAUAAACGACAAACUCUGUGUAUACACUAGUGCAUCAUUCGGUAAUGGCCGCGGCAUAUCGAUCUUUACAACACCAACACUAGCCAAACGAUUUGCUUCCCUUCCAGCUUUUCAUGAUCCUUCAGCCCUGGAUACGCAAGGAAUCAACACCUACUCCGGCAUCUGGCAAACAUCUUCAAUCCCUGGGAAAGGCACCGGCAUGUUGGCCUCAAAAUCUUUGCAAUUCAAAAACCGCGUUACGGCCUACACACCCGCGUUUCUCGCGUAUUUGGAGACCGAAUUGUCGACAUUAGAUCGAGAGACUUGGUGGCGGUCAGCAAUUCAGCAAUUACCGGAGAAGAUCAAAGGGGAUUUCUUUGAGUUGACAUACGUGUAUGGGGACUUGAGGGUUAGGGUGCAGGAUAUUGUCAAAGCGAAUUCGUUUUCAGUGAAUAUCGACGGUGUAAAUCAUCUAGCUGUUUUCCCGGAGACGUCGAGAUUGAAUCAUGCGUGUAAUCCAAAGUAA